GCGCCCCUCAGCCAGAGUCCAGACCUCGUCUCCAUGGCAACCGCUCAGCCAUCCCAGGCCCCGCCCCCAGUCCGUCCUGAGGACCGGAAGCAGCCUCCCGCCUCGCGCUUCCCAGGCUUCUCCAGGGUACCGUGGGUCGUCCUUCCCGGCCUCGAGGAUUAUCCGUGAGGAGAGCUUCACCUCCUUGAAAAUUAAAGCCUGGCAGUCCUAAGCUAUUCGCAGUCCGAAUGUCUGAGUCAAUAUUCCCGCCACAAACUUCAAAAGAGCCUGGUAGCACCCUAGUAGUGAAGAUGGAAGGGAAAGAGGAGAUCUGUAAUCAGGAAUCCAGUCUCCACUUGAGAAGCUAUUGUAGCCUGGAGACAUUUCGCCUACAGUUCAGGCAGUUUGGCUACCAGGAGUCCCCUGGGCCCCGGGAGGCUCUGAACAGGCUCCGGGAGCUUUGCUGUCUGUGGCUGAGGCCAGAGGUGUACACCAAGAAGCAGAUCCUGGAGCUGCUGGUGCUGGAGCAGUUCCUGGCCAUCCUGCCAGAGGAGCUGCAGGCCUGGCUGCGAGAGCACCGACCGGAGAACGGAGAGGAAGCUGUGACUAUGCUGGAAGAGCUGGAGAAAGAGCUUGAUGUGCCAGCAGAGCAGAUAACCUGUUUCCAGGUUUCGGGACAAAAUGAAGACAUACUUGCGGAGAAAGUGGCAGUGUGGGCAGUCACUCAGGAGUCACCAAGUGGCCCGCUGAAGCCUGCAAAGCAGCAGCUGCAGUGCACACCCCAGGAGCUCCACCCCUCCAGACCAAACGAUAAAGCCACUAGGACCGUAAAUGUGAAAUCAGCUUCAAAGCAAAAGAGUUCAGGGAUAGAACCGCAUUACGGUGUUUCUAACAUCGUUCAUGUGAAUGCUUCCCAGACUUUCACGUCUAGAGGAACUGACGAACAAAGUGACAUGUUUGAAAGAAGACACAGAAAUCCUUCUCGGAAAAAACAACACAAGUGUGACGAAUGUGGCAAAACCUUUAGUCAGAGCUCUGCCCUUCUGCUACAUCAGAGAAUCCACAGUGGAGAGAAACCUUAUGCCUGUGAUGUGUGUGCAAAGGCUUUCAGUCGGAGUGCGGUCCUGAUUCAGCAUCGAAGAGUCCACACCGGGGAGAAGCCUUACAAGUGCCACGACUGCGGGAAAGCCUUCAGUCAGAGCUCCAAUCUUUUCAGACACAGAAAAAGCCACAGUAGAGGAAGAAGUCCCAUCAGUGUCGUGAGGGAAUCGAAGCAUUUGCUCAGAGCUUUUUCAACAGAAGAAGAAGACAAAAGGCACAAACAACUUCUUAGUAUAGAUCAGUGGUUCUGAUGAGCACUGGUUUUCUUUCCAUGGCCAUAAAAGCCACAGGAGGAAAUAGAGGCUACCUUUAUGUCAGCAUUGUUUGCUUUUCUGCUUAUCAUUACCUUGUUAAUUCAGAUGUUUAAGAUUCUAAAGCUUAAUCGAGAUUUCCAUCCCUAGGGUAGCUCUUGAAAAGAAAUUCUCAGACAUUUUCUAUUAGUCCCACUCAGCACGAAUGAUGAAAUAGUACAGUUGACCCUUGAACAGCACCAGUUUGAACUGCACAGAUUUACUGCUUACACAUAGAUUUUUUAAAAUAAGUACACAGUUGGCCCCCUAUAUCCCUGGGUUUGUACCACCCGCAGACUGAAAACGGUAUUUUUGCUCUGUGGUUGGGAGUCUGUGGGUGCAGAGGGCCAACUUUAUGCAUUGUCCUAUGCCAUUUUAUAUAAGGGACUUGAACAUCUGCAGAGUUGGAGGGCGGGGGAGGGAAGGUAGGUGACCCUGGGAGCAGUCCUCUGCAGAUACUGAGGGACCACUAUAUACUUCUUUUUAAACAAACACAUUUCCCAUGUUGAGAAGGAGGUGAGCUACUCAGUAUAAAAAUACUGACAUUCUCUUCCAUUUCAUACCAUUGAGAUUUGGAGUUCUCAGACCAAAGAUAAAAGCAUUUAAAAAAAUUUUCCCCCAUUUUGUUUUCUGUUAUCAGAUUCAGAAUAUGAGAAUAGGAUGGAAGAGGCCCAAAAGAGUUUGUUCCUCAAGAUCUAGGCUGAAAUGUUCAGGGUCAUUGUCAGGAGGUAGGUGAGUAAAGGAGCUUAAUCUCUAUGAAAACUCACAAGACCCUACACAUUACCAAUAAGACUAAGACAUUUCCUGUAUAGGAAAAAAUCUCUUUUACAAUGUAAUUUGUAAAUAACUCAGUGAAAACAUUAAGAUGACUCAACAUGUCUUCAGGGAGUGGCUUAAACAUAAAGAAUGUUCUGGUAAUAAGUUGGGUUGUCUGCGAGGGCUCAUGUAAGGUUGGUGGUCACCUUAAUAUGGAGGGAAAAGGGAGAUGAAGAAAAGACUGUCCAAGCGAGAUUCACUGAGGUAAUGCGAACGUUGGCAAGUGCGGUGUGUGACGGAGAAGUAUCCCACGACUUACCCUGGAAAGAAAACUGUGAACAGCUGAUGACUACCCUUCAGGGUUCUUCCCGGCUCUUUCUGGAAUAAAUUAGCUGUGAACGUGUUUCGAGCAUCACAAGACAGUCUUUUCAGGGUUUUGUGCAUUCUUAAUAUGAUGAGUUUCUAGACAAGCUGUCGCAAAGCAAGACCCUGGAUUUCUGUCUUCUUGUACUAAUGAAAACACUAAAGUAAAUUUAGAGUUCACCAAAGUUUUAUCCAUAUUCAGUUUGACCCCCUGUUUAAAUAUAAAGUGACUGACUUUUAUGUUAUUAAAAUUAUUCUGACAGUAUACAACAUAAUUUUCCCUUCUCUGGCGUUCUUGGUAAGAUUGUGUAUUACUGUUUCCCACGGUGCCACUGUUACCCAACGUGGAGGCAAACAAGGGAGAGCCGUGGAAUGCAAGGAGAAGAGGGGCCUCACCGUGAACUUCAUCUAAGCGGUUUCCUCAUGAAGCACAAACAUUUUAUUAUCAGAAAACCCAAUUAUAUCUAGUGUCAAAUUAACUCCAGAAACAAAUGUGGGAUUACUGUGCUUUGUGUAGUUACUAUAUUAAUAAAUGUAAGAUUAGU